CUCAGUUCACCGAAGGGAACCAGAUGAACUGGGAUGAGAAAUGGCCAGAGAUAAUGUUGGCCGUAAAUUCAGGGGUGUCCGAAUCCACCGGGUACUCGCCGGCGUUCGUGGUCCAAGGGAGAGAGCCGAGGCUACCAAAGGCUCUAUACGAUGACGAAGCGCUUGGCACAGGACAGGGCACGCCCACUCCGGAUGAGAACGCGGCCAAGUUGAGAGAGGUGUUUCAACUGGUGAGGCGGAAUCUCGAAAGAGCGGCGCAGGACCAGGCGAGGUAUUAUAACCUGAGGAGGAGAGCGUGGAAACCCACGAUUGGAGACAAGGUAUGGGCCAAGCAACACCAUCUAUCCAACGCGGCCGAAGGGUUUGCGGCAAAACUGGCCCCGAAAUAUGACGGGCCAUACACCAUAAUGGAUUUCGUGUCCCCGGUCAUUUGUAAAUUAAAGAAGGACAGCGAGAAACGGACGCGGACCGCCCAUAUAGGGGACCUGAUGCCACAACCCGGGGAAGGAACCCCUAAAACAGGCCCUGGAGCCGAAGCGUAGACGACGCACAGGGAGGGGCAUCGGGCGAGGCAUACGGAGAAGGGUGGACGAGCACGGAAGACAGAGACUAACGGCAGGGGCAGAAAGGAGAGUCCCAGCGGGAGG